AUGUUUUUUGCCCUAAAGACCGCGUCAAAACCAGAGCAUGCGAACCCCACGGAGAAAGUGCUUGAUCAAAUCUCCGAGAUGAUGAAACGCAUUAUCGUCAAAAAUGACAAUUAUAUCCGUUUGUCUGAGCCUCGAAAACAACGAAAGGUGGCCAAACGAGUGCAGAUCAAAAACUUUCUCUUUGAACCCGACGACAUCCUCAAAGAUGACCAAAUGAUAACGUUUCAUCGAGAAUGCGCCACAGGACCAGGCUCUGGGGCUGUGCCCUCUGCCUCUCAAAUGGAGCGUGCCGACACCUUUUCCUCCUUUUCGGACAACUCUGGCGAGGGCAGUGAGAGUAUGUCCAAAUCGGACGAGGACGACGCCCCCAUCGAGACCUCACCCCGUCUAAUGGAAUCGCGCAGGGCCACCACAAAAGGGGGUGUAUUUAAUGAACUGGAUGACAAGCUAGAGGAGGGGGCCAUCGCACAAAGCGUAAUUAGGAGACUCCGCAACGCCGGCUCCGCACUCAUGGAGGUGGGCCCUGACUAUUACAAAAAAAGCUGUUAG